CUCCAACAUCUAAGCUCCGUACAGUAGUGUGCUGAUAGCUGAGCCAUGAAGCAGUGUGGUUAUCUGAUCCUGACGGCGACGCUGCUGGUGUUGUUCGUCGGUGGUGCUACCGCUCAGAACUUUCCAUUUGCGUCCUGUUUCAAUGCAACAACACUUGCAAAUAUAAAGGCAGAAAUCUGCGCUGAUCUGAACUUGACAAGUACCGCAUGCAAGAGCCAAGAAGGUAAGAUAGCGAAAUGCAGCACAAGCGUCAUACAAGCCAGUGCUGGGGCUGCCGCCGACUGUAUGAAAUCUCAGGCUGGCUUCACCGUCCCUCCACUAUUGAAAAGCACACCAGUUGCAGCAAUGACUGCAGCCAUAAUCAAACAACCGACACUGUGUGCUAAAGUUCCGGCUGUGAUGGAGUGUUUUGAGGCCAAAACAAAAAUGCCUCAGAAAGUGUCGGCCUGUCUCAAACAAUAAAUCUACCAAGUAAAUUCGCUACUCAGACGUCAACACACCUGAUGAACCCUGAAACUCCCUGAGAAAACAUGGUACAUUCAGUGUCGUCCUUCCCUGAUUGACAAGCUGCAGUAACCCUUAACAACAACCAACCAACCAUCAACAAACCCAACAACAACAACAAUGAUCAGCAGCCCACCACUUCAUUACCAAAUUUGUACAACUAAAAUUAACAGAUUUAUUGCUGCAAAUAUUGCUCUCCAAUACCAACUUUGAUAUUUUUGCAUUUGUCCUGCAUGAAAUUAAUUUUUUUUUUCCAAAAACUUUAACCCAUUUUAUAGUACG